UUAUAGUUAUUACCUGUCACAAAGAUCGACUACAACAAACAGUUUUAGUAUCAUUUCCUUCCAAGGUCUAAUCAAGAAUCUAUUUUCUUAAUACGAAGUGUUUUUCUCGUUUGAGUACAAGAUUAAGAAGGGUAAAAAGAGCCAUUAAAAAUGAGUACAGAGCUUUCAUUCAGAAAGGCCAAACAACAGAAUACUUUAGAAAGACCGGCUGAAGAUGACAGUUUAAUGUUGUUGAAAGAUCAAGCAAACUUUGAGCUCAGCAAAGUCACAUUUAAUAAGGAGAAAAAAGAAUUUAUUGGUCUGCCAACUGUGUGGGGACAAAUUCUGAAGAAUUCCAAAAUAACAGAUGAAGAAAUACAAGAUAAUCCUGAAAUGGUGCUCAACUCCAUGCGUGCAUACCUGAAGUUGGUGAAGCCAAAAUAUUUGAUCAUUGAGGCAUCGCACCCUGCAUUAGAUGAAGGGAGAGAUAAUAACUUGGAGGCUGAGGACAGUGUUGAUAGUAUAGAGUGUGAAAGCACAGAUGAAUCAGAUGGCCAUUUUAGAUUCAGACCGUUGAGAGUUGGCAUGGGUGAUGGGGAAUUCAAUUCUAAAAUUCGAAAGGUAGCAAAUACUGGCAGUGUUGUAGAUAAAUAUGAAAUUCAACAAGAACUUGGAAAAGGAGCAUCAGGACGAGUGCACAAAGCCAGGUGUAGGACAACCAAUCAGGUGGUGGCCAUCAAGAUCAUGGAUCUGACCCACCAGCCCAAGAAAGACAUGCUCAUCACAGAGAUCAAGAUCAUGCAGAGUUGCAAGCAUGAAAAUUUAGUCAACUUUUUAGAUUGUUUCAUUCAGGGAAACGAACUCUCCUUAGUCAUGGAGCUUUUGGAUGGCGGAGAUCUGACUGCUGUGGUGAACACAGUUAUUCUGAAAGAAUCGCAGAUGGCGGCAAUUAGCGGAGAGUGUCUGAAGGGUCUGGAGUACCUCCACAAGAACAACAUCAUCCACCGAGACAUCAAGAGCGACAACGUCCUCCUCGGCAGGGCGGGGUCGGUCAAGCUCACUGACUUUGGAUUCUGUGCUCAGCUGAGUAUAGAGAGGAGAGAAAGGAUAACCAGAUGUGGCACCACAUACUGGAUGGCUCCUGAAGUUGCAGCAUGUAAAAGUUACAGUGUUAAGGUUGAUGUUUGGAGUCUUGGUAUCAUGGUGAUAGAAAUGAUAGAUGGACAACCCCCUUAUAUGGAUGUACCACAGUUUAGAGCAUUUUUCCUCAUUGCCCAGAAGGGCAAGCCUGAUAUUCCAAAUGAACAAAAUCUGUCUUCUGAGCUCAAAGAUUUCCUGAACAAAUGCUUGGAGCCAAAUGUUGACAAAAGAGCCAGUGCAUCCAAACUUUUAGCCCACCCCUUCAUCAAGACAGCUGAGCCGUUAACUUUUAUUAGCGAGGUGCUUGAGGCAGUUCGUCAACAUAAGGAGAAAAAGCUUGUAUACUAAGAACAGUUGUUGAUUUUUGGAAAAUGCUCCUGACCUUUGGUGGAUGCCCAUGACCUUUGGUGGAUGCUCAUGACCUUUGGUGAAUGCUCAUAGUCUUCUUUAAUUUACUAUUCAUUUUUUCGCUCAUGCUUUUAUAACCUAAUUGCAUUUCUAGAAUUUUAUAUUUUUCUACAAAUUUUAAGUACAAUGUUUUCAGUGAGCAAGACUUUGUGUUAGUCUGUUAUUGUUUGGAAACAUACAAAAUCUGAGUGAAUGAGUUAACUGUCUCAUAUUAGGUUGUGUGUUCAUUGAAAGUAGAUUUGUCAUGCCCUUUAGUAGACUUGGGUGCUAAAGAAAUAAUUAUGCUCAACUGUAUAAAUGUACUUCAUUACUUUCCUCCCUGACCUACUCUUAAUAUCAAAAUCAUUGGGGUUAAAAGCUCUGAACUGAUGGUCUACUAGACAGAUGAAGUAGAGUGUCUAUUUUUUUACUACAACAUAUGGAAGGUUUGUGCAGUCAGACUAACCCUAGCUGUUUAAGUUCUCUUACUGGAGUUAUUGAACCAUCAGAGUUUGGGGUGAUCUGUUGAACAGAACCCAGCAAGCAAACUUUGAGUUAGUAAUCAUCAUGUGCUUUUCACCUUGACCAUGCCAUCCCAUGUCCAUCAAUAGCCACAGACUAUUUAGGGAAUAGGUGGCUAGUGUCUUGUCAAGCUGUCUUCACUUCCCUGACAUUGAAAUUUGAGCCAGGCACUAGACAUCUGAUGGUGCCCUGUUUGUUCUAUAGGCUUGAUCCUGGACAGCAAACACUGAACAGAUAGACUUGUCUAGACACAAAUAGACUUGUUUAGACACAAAUAGACUUGUCUGGACACAUAUAGACUUGUCCAGACAACACACUUGAGAAAUAGUUUCAGAUUCCCAAAACUAUUUUCUGCUCUUCAGAUCAUAACCAUGCAACCUUUAUGUCCAAACAUUUGUUGGUACUGUUUUAUCUACUCAAUCCUGACUAUGCAUGUUUACUCUUUUAAAAAAAAAAAAAAAUUAAACGCUUACUGCUAAUAAUUUUUUAAUUUACUCUUUUUUAUAAAAAAAAAUAUUAAACGCUUACUGCUAAUAAUUUUUUUAAAACAACGAAAAUCUACUCAUCUCUUAAAUAUAUUGUGAUGUAAGUUUUGCUAUUUGUUUCAUUGCUACUUUCUGAAAUCAUGUUUUUUUUUUAUAGUUUGCAGAUUUUUCCUAUGCUCAUGUUUGUGUAAGGCUUCAUGAUUCUUAUGAUAAAGUUGUGUAGGGCUAUACAUUCCCAUGCUUUUAUUAAUAUAUGUUUUUGUUUUGUAUUUCAAUUUGCAUAUAGAAUCUCAUAGAACAAUAAGUCAACAUAAUUUUAUUUUAUUUUAUGUUCAUUCCAAAGCAUUCAUAGAAGAACAUUCCAAACAUUUUUUAGACUUUUAUUUAUACAUGAUUGAUAACUAGUCGAUUUUUGUCACCAAUAAUUAUCACCAAUAAUUGAGAUUAUAAUAGCAUCUUGUCGGUUUGUCAUGAAUAUACAUGUAUGAACAGUAAGUUUUCCUAAUAACUGGGAAGCUGAAAUUUUUUAAAGAAGUAAUACAAAUAAGGGAGAUAAAUCUUGUAAAGUUUGCCGAUUAAAGCUUUUGAAAAACUC